CUUGACUAAUGAUGAAGCUUCAGUCAGGAUACAAACCUUAAACUUGACAUCUACCCAGUGAACACCAUCCGCUCAAACAAGAUGUUAUGUUGUGUAGCACGUACCCACUUCACCCCUCACAUGCCUCGUUAGAAACGCCCAUAAGACUUUGUUAUUCUCCAAAAGUUGCUGUCAGUUGUCUGUCAGCUACAAUCUAGAGAGCACGUCCUACUUCGCGCGUUUCAUUGGCGUCUCUUACAGUAGCUGCUGCUGCCGCUCUCACUGACGUGAUUCCAAGUACUUGUUUUUCUUAUGAAUCUUCGCAUUCUUUGAAACAAACGCUCCGCCCCACUCAGCAAAACCCUCAUCUGCAACACUCCCCAUUUUGCAGCAGGGCUUCACAUUUUUCUGUCCAAGCUUUAAAAAGAGAGAGAGAGGUCACGAUGGAAAUCUAUAUUUCAAUCAUUUUAGCAAGUCUGCUCAUCAUACCGUUUGCACUCAAAACCUUUUCCCCCUAUGUCUGGAUGGACAUCGUGUAUUUCGGGGAUCUAGUGCGUAUUUUGGUAAAGUUUGUAGCGAGGCGCAGAAGGAGACCUCUCUUCUUUGUUUUGGACCGUUUUUUGGAGCAGACCGAGGCGCAUCCUGACAACACGUUCAUAGUGUUUGAAAAUGAAAGCUACACAUACGCUUGCACGGAUAAGAGGAGUAACAAAAUUGCAAACGCGCUACAGUCUCACGCUGGGUAUAAAGGUGGCGACACCGUCGCGCUUUUUAUGGGGAACGAACCCACCUUCUUGUUUACCUGGCUGGCUUUGGCUAAACUGGGCUCCCCUGUAGCUCUCCUCAAUCAUAACAUCCGCACCAAGUCUUUGUUGCACUGCUUUAAUUGCUGCAAGGCUAAAGUGUUGAUAGCAGCCGCAGAACUAAAGGAGGCCGUGGAAGACGUGCUGCCCUCCCUGAUAGAGCAGGGUGUCACUGUCCUCCUGAUGUCCAAAAACAGUGACACGCCUGGAAUCCAGAGCUUCUCUGAUGAAGUCGAGAAGGCAUCGGAUGACCCCAUCCCUCGAUCCUUCAGGUCACACAUCACAUUCAAAAGUCCUGCAGUUUAUAUUUACACUUCUGGAACCACAGGUCUUCCUAAGGCAGCUGUGGUCAACCAGAACCGCAUCUUAACAGCUCUGGCUGUGUUGUCAUCAAACGGGGUGGUAUCUAGUGAUGUCUUCUAUCUCAACCUUCCUCUGUAUCACACAGCUGGAUUUGUUGUUGGGUUCAUUGGCACGAUUGAGACAGGAUCAACUAUAAUUCUGAAGAGGAAGUUUUCUGCCUCUCAGUUCUGGGAUGACUGCAGGAAACACAACGUGACUGUUAUCCAGUACAUUGGAGAGGUGAUGCGUUACCUCUGUUGUGCACCAAAGAAAGACAAUGACAAGGACCACAAAGUAAGACUGGCCAUUGGCAACGGCAUCAGGGCAGAGAUAUGGAAAGAGUUUCUUAACCGCUUUGGGAACAUUCAGAUUCGAGAGUUUUACGCCUCCACUGAAGGAAAUGUGGGAUUUUUGAACUACGUGGGGAAAAUUGGAGCUAUUGGACGAGUCCACUUUUUUCAUCAGAAGCUGUUCCCUUAUACCCUUGUUAAGUAUGACACAGAGCGAGAUGAGCCAGUACGAGAUGCUAACGGCCUCUGCAUUGAGUCGCGCAAAGGUGAACCAGGACUGCUGGUGUCAAAGAUUACAAACUUGGCCCCAUUUUCUGGCUACGCGCAGAAUGAAGAACAAACUGAGCGGAAGAGACUUCACAAUGUUCUCAAGAAGGGCGAUCUUUAUUUCAACACGGGAGACCUGAUGAGGAUCGACAAAGAUAACUUUAUUUACUUCCAGGAUCGAGUAGGUGACACAUUCAGGUGGAAAGGUGAGAAUGUUGCCACGACCGAGGUGUCUGACAUCUUGACGAUCUGUGAUUGUCUCAAAGAAGCCAACGUUUACGGAGUCCAAGUGCCAGGCCAUGAGGGGCGGAUAGGGAUGGCAGCUGUCACUCUGAAGAAAGAAGUCCAGUUUGACGGACGUAAAAUAUACAACCAUGUGGUCAGCUGCCUGCCCUCAUAUGCACGUCCUCGCUUUAUAAGGAUGCAGAGCACUGUGGAAGUAACUGGGACUUUCAAACAGAUGAAGGUAAAAUUAGUGGAGAUGGGAUUUGAUCCAGGACGUAUCCAGGACCCUCUUUACAUCCUUGAUGAUAAUGCCAAGAGCUACGUACCACUGACAGCUCAGAUCUAUCAUGCCAUCAUAUCAGGAAGCACGAAACUAUGAGCGGGCUCUCAGUUUUCACCAGAUGUGCAAGCUUUUUGGGUAAUUGGUAUUUUUAAUGAAUUAACUUCCAGCUCAGGGAAGAAACACACACUUUUCAAUAAUGCUCUAGUUGGUUAAAUCACAUUUUUUAAGGCAGCACGUGGGACUCUGUGUACAAGAGGCGGGGUUUGUCACACUAUAAAUGUGUAUUUACUCGCACGCUGACUUCUGUUUAUGCAUGUACUUUUUUUUCAGUGUUGUGUUCAUGUGUUAUGGUACGACAAUUGUGGUGAAGAAACACUAUGGAUAGACGGUGUAGUUUACAUACUUUAUUUCAUACUUAUUUUUUAUGUACUUCACGAGAAUUAUUUCCUUUUCUUCAAGUGAUGAGUACCUCAUGAUCAUUUAAUACUUACAAAAUUAUAUAUUAAGGGGAAUGAUAUUAAUGCAUUUCAUAAUAAUGUGUCAGUAACUGUAAAUGUGCGUUGCUUUCUUCAGAAUUAAAGUUAAGCCAGAAGCA